AUGAUCAACAUUACAAUUCUAUGCAAGAAUCAAAAUGGACGGCACCAAUCAUAUAGCGGCAAUGACCAGGUAUAUGGUAGUGAAUAUGAACUUGGUUCAUCAUGGAAGCCGUCAGGAUGGUCAGAAGGUAUGCACAACAAGGAAGUGCCAUGUUCUGUAUGUUACCAAAAACAGAGAUCAGCUGUUUUGAUGAUACCAGGUCGAAAGACUUGUUAUGAAGGAUGGAACGCGGAAUAUAAUGGUUAUCUGAUGAGUAGCCAUAAAUCACACAAUAAAAAAGAUUACGCAUGUGUUGACAUACAUGCAGAACCGAUAGACAAUAAGAAUGGAAGUGAAGAUAGAGCUUUGUUUUAUCCUCUCCGGAAAAUGUGGUAGUUUAAGAUGUCCCCCGUAUACCAAGGAAGCAGAUGUUCUUUAUGUUGUUUGUACAAAGUAAAACGUUUGACACUAAAUGAAGAUAAAUAAAGA